AUCAAUCGCUCGCUGUUCUGCCCCUCAAGGACUGGCCGGCGCUGAGGAGAAUGCUCCGGGGCUUGGAAUGUGUCUGGCGUUGAACCGAGUGCCCAACUCCGAGUUGGGAGUGCUGCCCGGGCCAAGGCGAGAGUUUUUGGGCGGACGCAGUCGCGGGCUGUGCUGCCCUCAGGGCCUGGCUGGCGCUGCGGCGAGACCACCACUCCGAGCGGCAUGCGACCACGCCGAGGCGACAGCGCGGCUCCGAGCUGGCUGGAGCACGACGUGGGCGAGAGGGCGAGAGCCACCGGGGACGGGUGCGGACACCCGGAUGUGCUGCCCUCGAGAGCGCGACACCCUGAGCUGGGAGAGUGUGGCUCGGGGGCCCAGGCGAGACCCAAUGCCGGAGCGGGAGGAGGACGGCGAGGGACGGCCCGCGGCCUCCGCAGCCUCCGCUCGCGGCCCGCCGUAGGCGCGCCGCAGGCGCGCGGCCGGCGAUGCCUGCCGCGGGCGCGGAGCGCGCCGAUUCGGGCGAGUCGUCGAGCGAGGCGGACGCGGAGACCCUGGACGUGGACCAGAUCCUGGCCGAGGCGGGCGUGUCGUCGGCAUCGAGCGAGGCGGACUCGACCCCGCCGGUCGUGGCGCCGUCCCCGGGCAAGAGGCACCUGGCGGCGCUGCAGCCCCAGGCGGUGAGCAGCGGCGGCAGCUCGGCGUCGUCCGAGAGCCCGCCCGGCGCCAGCGGCCGCGCUGCCUGCCUCUCCCGCGGCUCCUCCGAGAGCAGCGGCGAGCGUGGUGGUGCCGCCGCUGAUGGCCCGCCCGCUUCUGCCUCCGCGUCGAGCCGGCAGUCUGGCGCCCUCCAGCGCUGCGGCUACGGCGAGCGCCCUGGGCCGAGCGGCGUGGAAGCCGCCGCCGCCCCAGGGAGCCGCCCCAGGACUUUGUCCAGCGCGUCCUCGGCCGGUGCGGCGGCAGGCGCGGGCCGUGGCGACGUGGCGGCGUCUGGGCCGGCCAUUGGCAGGCAGCCCGAGACCUGCCCCACCACGCAGCAGCUUCUGGACGUCUUCGUUCCGUGGACGGAGAAAUGCGCCGCCCAGCAGCUGUCGCCAGAGCAGCCGCGAGAAGUUUUACCAGAUCGACCUGGAUCGACCGAGAUCGACCUGGAGCUAACAUCACCCGAAGGUGCCCUGGACGCCAGCGCUGGAUCGCCGCCCGAGGCAGAGGCGCCUCCAGUGGCGGAGCCUGCCGACUCACGGGCGACCAGCCCUCACAGGCCGGUGUCCUUGAACUCCCACGCGCCGGAGCCGUCAGCGGACGCUGUCUUGAGGCGCUCCCCCCUGCAGAUGGGCAAGCUGCGGAGGCCCCCAGGACGGGCGUCGAUCGCGCGCGACGCUGCAAUUCCGCUGGAGGAGAUGCUGCCCUCCCGUGGCAGCGCUGCGCAGGCGCGACUGCGCUCGCGUGGUGGUGCAGGCAGCACCAGCCAACCGACCAGCUCCCCGCCCAUCGCCAGGGCUGACGCUCCCUCCCAGCAGCCCGCAGCCCCAGCCGACACCGCCAGUGUUCGCGACUCUUCCUCGGGGCCCGACUUCAACGUGGACGACUCCGACACAGAGAGCGCGGGCCCCGCCGCGCCGCCGCCAGAGGAGGCGGCGCGGCGCAGCCGCUGUCCGCCGGACGCGCCCCCAGCGGGGGCGCACAGGGGCACUCUGGGCGGGAGGCCCCGCGGCCGCACUGGGGCCCAGCAGCCCGCGCGCCAGACCCCGGCGUCGUCCUGGCGGCGCUGCUCCUCCUCCAGCAACGCCGCGUCGGAGCGGGGCCGGGCGGACCUGCGCGACUGGGACCCCGGCGGCCCAGCGGGCGGGCGGGCGGGGCACCCCGCGGACAUGUCUGGCCUGUGGGUGCCGCGAGCCCCGCCGCCCG